ACCAAUGCAAACUAUAUUUACUCCUAUUUCACUUCCAGUGGAUGUUACAGUUGGAGAGCACGAAUGCACAUUCAGAGCCCACGUCUCCAGACGCGAUCUAUUUCAUCACACUCCUCACGACCCCGAACUUGUGACCAAAUCCCCACAUGUAAUGCGGAUUCCAAAAUUGUACAACGACCAGCCGUCAGCGAUGUGGAUAUCAUUAACUACCCCUACACGAUGAUCCCCUCCCGCCGCGGGGGGCACCUCCUCAUGCUCAACAACUACACGUUCAAGUACAACGAGCACUCCAAGCGGUACUACUGCUCUCAGUCCAACAACACCAAGACACCCGUCAAAUGCAAGUCCUCCGUCAAACUGGACAAGGUCACUGGCUUGAUCGUGUCGCUAAGAGAGGAACAUAAUCACCCCCCACCUAGGUACAUGUUGACGGCUGAUGGGCAGUACAUAAAGUAUUGAGAUUCCUUACUAUUUACAAUCAAGUUUUUUUUAUGGGAUUAUUUUUAGAUUAUGUGAAAUAUAUGUUAC